AUGCGUUUCUCCGUCGUCGCCUCGGGUAACGGUGACUCCUCCGACGAGAGCAACAUCAACAACCCGUUUCUCCGCGGCAUCCAGCUCACCGACGAGGACGGUGUCGCUCAGUUCGAGUCCAUAUUCCCAGGCCACUACACCUCCCGCGCCACCCACAUCCACUUGCUCGUCCACGCUAACGCCACAAUCUCCGCCAACAACACCCUCGGCAGCGUGAACACUGCCAGUCACGUCGGUCGGGCCUUCUUCGACCAGGAACUCAUCUCUGCUGUUGAAAAAUUUGCCCCUUACAACACCAACACCCAGCAGUUCACCACCAACGCCGAUUAUGGCAUCUUCAGCGAGGAGACCGCCACAGACGGAGUUGAUCCGCUGAUGGAGUAUACCCUUCUCGGCGACAGCAUCACAGACGGUCUUUUUGCCUGGAUGGCGUUUGGUAUCAACACCACGCUGUCCAGCAGCGUCACCCCCGCCGCUUUCUACUAUGCCGAGGGCGGUGUUGUCAACCCCAACUCUGCUGGCGGCGGCGGUGCCGGCGGCGCUCCCCCCAACGGCACCUCUCCCGGUGCCGGCGCUCCUUCCAGUGCCGCUUCCUCCCAAGCCGCCGAGACCAGUGCUGCCCCCACUGCGGAUACCUCUUCUUGA